CUGAGUGUGGAGGGCAACAUCAGCGCGGGCAAGAGCACCUUCCUGUCAAUACUCAAUCGCCAUCUGCUCACCGACAAGGGAUUCAGUUUCGUCAAGGAGCCCAUCGAGAAAUGGCAGAGCGUGGGCGGCUCCUCGGUCAAUCUGCUGGACCUAUUUUAUCGGGACCCCGCCCGCAUGGCGUACACAUUUCAGAACUUCGUGUUCCUGACGCGGGUGCUGCAGGAGCGCGAGACGUACGGCAAUGCGAGCAAGGCGAGGCUUCUGGAGCGCUCCGUCUUUUCGGACCGUAUGGUGUUCGUGCGAGCCGUACAUGCCUCCCUUGACCUGGCGGAUCACGAACUGGCCAUCUACGACGCCUGGUUCGGCCCCAUCCUGGCCUCCCUGCCCACGCUGGUCCCCAACGGCCUCAUCUACCUGAGGGCCUCCCCCAACACCUGCAUGGCUCGACUGAGGAAGAGGGCGCGAAGUGAGGAGGGUGGCAUUCCGCUGGACUACCUGAAGGUCCUUCAUAACAACCACGAGGACUGGUUGCUGCAUGCUGCUACACGA